AUCCCCCAUUCUGAUUUCUGAAUUCUGAGUCGGUGAGUCCCGACUCCUCCGGGCUGCGGCUGCGGCAACCAGUCAACACUAAACAACUUCGAGCGACGGCCGACGGGUGAUAUACUAAUAGAGCCGAAAAUGGCGUCAGGAAUGGCAGCAAUACGCAGGGCACGAGUAUCCUGUCUUACAUCCUCUCUCAAGGUGCUAACUUCUCUUCAUCUCUCCCCUUAUUUCCGGCUUUCAUUCAGAGCGUUCUCCACCUCAUUUCCGGCUGUUCCCAACGAGCCUUUCCCUCGCCCUCAAAAUCAGGGCCAUCCAGAUUACAAGUAUUCCAACGCCGAAGGACAUAAUAAUAAUCAAAUGGUAAAGGGCCCUAGUCCUCAAAAUCAAGGCUUUGCUCAGCAUCCCAAUUCUGGGAAUGUGAACCAAUGGAUUAAUCAAAACCAAGGUUACCCUAAUCCGAGUUCUCACCGAGGAGGAUAUGUGAGUUCUCCACAAGGGGGUUAUCGGAAUCAGGGAUAUGCUAAUCAAGGAGGAUAUCAGGAUCAGGGAUAUGCUCAUCAGAGUUCUCCACGAGGAGAAUAUCAGAAUACUGGAUAUUCUAAUCAGAGUUUUCCUCAAGGAGGCUAUCAAUAUCAGGGAAAUGCAAAUCAGAGUAUACAUCCUCAGUACGUAGGUGGAAAUCAGUGGAAUAAUCAGACCCAGAGUAACAUGCCCCCAAAGGGAGCCCCUGUAGUUCAGGAACAAUGGAAUCAUCACCAACCUCAGAAUGUCCAGCCGGUUGGGGCAUAUGCUACAAAUAGUCUGUCCCAGAACCAAGGGAAUUUAGUGAAUGAUCAAUCCUCUGGUGAUAAUAUCUUGUCUACUGCUGACUUACUGCCCUUGUGCCAACAGGGUAAGGUGAAGGAUGCUAUUGAAUUUAUGGAAAAGGGGGUUGUUGCAGAUAUGCAAUGUUUCCAUUUGCUUUUUGAGUCAUGUGGGAAGUCGAGGAAACUUGAGGAUGCAAAAGCGGUGCAUGAUUACUUUUUGAGAUCAAAAUGUAGGAGUGAUCUUGAGUUGAAUAAUAAGGUCAUUGACAUGUAUUCAAACUGUUGGAGCAUGAUGGAUGCGCGGAGAGUUUUUGAUCACAUGCCUGAGAGGAAUAUAGAUACUUGGCAUUUGAUGAUCAAUGGAUAUGCAUUGAAUGGAUUGGGUGAUGAUGGGUUGUCAUUGUUUGAACAAAUGAGGACGCUGGGGAUACAGCCCAAUGGUCAAACUUUUCUGGCUGUUUUCGAGGCUUGUGCUAGUGCUGAUGCAAUAGACGAGGCAUUCAUACAUUUUGAGUCCAUGAAGAACGAUUAUGGAAUUGCACCUCAGAUUGAACAUUAUUUGGGGCUGUUAGGUGUUCUUGCAAAAUGUGGGCAUCUUACAGAGGCUGAGGAAUUCAUUGAAAAACUUCCUUUUGAGCCCACAGUUGCCGUCUGGGAGGCACUGAUGAAUUUUGCUCGCAUUCAUGGAGAUAUCGACCUUGAAGACCGUGCUGAGCAAUUGUGGAGGGCUAGUCAGGUACCUCUUGAGGAUAAUGUGCCUAGUAAGAUUACUCCACCUCCUCCAAAGAAGCAGCCAAUCAAUAUGCUAGAGGGAAAAAGUAGGCUAGCCGAGUUUCGUAGUCCCACUCUAUACAAGGAUGAAGAGAAGAUGAGGGCUGCAAUGAAAGAGCAGGCCUAUGUGCCUGAUACCAGAUAUGUUCUUCAUGAUAUUGAUCAAGAGGCAAAGGAGCAGGCCUUGCUAUAUCAUAGCGAGCGCUUAGCCAUUGCAUAUGGUCUCAUUAGUACCCCAGCUAGAACACCUUUGCGUAUAAUCAAGAACUUGCGUGUCUGUGGUGAUUGCCAUAAUGCCAUCAAGAUCAUGUCCAGAAUUGUCGGGAGAGAAUUGAUUGUUAGGGAUAACAAGCGUUUCCAUCAUUUCAAGGAUGGGAAAUGCUCUUGUGGAGACUAUUGGUAGUUACAACAACUGGAACUCGUGAUUAGUAGACUGGUAGAAACACUUUCAAGGCCCAACAGGAACCAUUUUUUGUUGUUAGGAAACGAUCAUGUCAAAUGUUUGUUGUUAGGAAGGGAUUUAUAUUUUAGAUUAGAAAUUGGGGCAGGUCUUAGAUCUGGCAUUCCAUGUCAUAUACUAGUAUGCUAUGUUAUAUAUUUUCUAUUCACCUUCAGUAACGGCAACUUGGAUCUAGUACUCAAAAUGUUGUUAGGAAGGGAUUUAUGUUUUAGAAAUAAUGCAGGCUGGGGAAGCCACAGUUUGUGUGCCUUUACUGGAUUCUAAGCAAAUAUGCAAUUGUAUUGGUAUUUUAGUAUUGGUUUUGGUACAGAAUUAGCAAAAACUAAGAGAAGAUGAGUGGAGCUGCAGCAGGGGAGAGAGGCUCAACAACCACUAAAACACCAGCUGAUUUUCUAAAAUCUAUUCGUGGACGUCCUGUGGUUGUCAAAUUGAACUCAGGUGUUGAUUAUCGAGGCAUUUUAGGGCUUUUAGCGUGUUUAGAUGGAUACAUGAAUAUUGCAAUGGAGUAAACAGAAGAGUAUGUUAAUGGACAACUGAAGAACAAGUAAGGGGAUGCCUUCAUACGAGGAAACAAUGGUGAUUAGAAAUUAAAUGGAAACACUACCCUUUAAUUCA